AUGGGCUCUCUCUGGGGCAGCAUUAUCCUGCUGUCUGGGGUGGUUCUGCUCAGGAUGGAUGGCAGCGGAGCCCAACAAACCAAGAACAAUGUCCCCCGGCUAAAACUCUCCUAUAAAGACAUGCUGGAAUCUAACAACCUUGUGACGUUUGAAGGCCUGGCCAACAGUUCGUCUUACCACACCUUCCUGUUGGACGAGGAGAAAGGAAGACUUGUGGUGGGAGCCAAAGACCACAUCUUCUCCUUUAACCUCCUGAAUAUCAGCAGAGACUACGCAAAGAUCCCUUGGCCAGCUUCUUCCACCAGAAGAGAUGAAUGCAAGUGGGCAGGAAAAGAUCUCUCGAGGGAGUGCUCAAAUUUCAUUAAGGUGUUGCAGCCGUUCAACCAGACCCAUCUCUAUGUGUGUGGGACAGGAGCCUUUCACCCUGUGUGUUCCUACCUGGAGGUGGGCAAGAAACCCGAGGACAGCGUGUUCAGACUGGAUCCUCUCAUAGAAAAUGGCAGAGGGAAGAGUCCCUAUGAUCCCAAGUUGCUCACUGCCUCCAUGCUAAUUGAUGGCGAACUGUAUGCUGGGACAUCAGCUGACUUCAUGGGGCGGGAUUUUGCCAUCUUUCGCACUCUCGGAAAACAUCACCCAAUCAGGACGGAGCAACAUGACUCCAGGUGGCUAAAUGAUCCCAGGUUUGUGGGCGUUCAUCUGAUUCCAGAGAGCGACAACCCAGAAGAUGACAAAAUCUACCUGCUCUUCAAAGAGAACGCUAUGGAUGGCGAGCACGCUGGGAAGGCCACACAUGCGCGCAUCGGACAGCUCUGCAAAAAUGACCUGGGAGGUCACAGGAGUCUGGUGAAUAAGUGGACCACCUUCUUGAAGGCUCGACUUAUUUGCUCUGUGCCUGGCAGUAAUGGAAUAGACACACACUUUGAUGAGCUACAGGAUGUUUUUCUGAUGAGCACAAAGGAUCCUAAGAGCCCGAUCAUCUAUGCAGUAUUCACCACUUCCAGCAACAUCUUCAAAGGUUCAGCUGUGUGUAUGUACAGCAUGACAGACAUCAGGAGAGUGUUCCUGGGUCCUUACGCUCACAGAGAUGGACCCAACUAUCAGUGGGUGCCCUUCCAGGGACGUGUUCCCUACCCGCGGCCUGGCACAUGCCCAAGUAAGACGUUUGGAGGGUUUGAUACAACCAAGGACCUUCCUGAUGAAGUCGUAACCUUUGCCAGAAGCCACCCAGCCAUGUUCAACCCUGUCUACCCCAUUAAUAAUCGACCGAUCAUAGUCAAAACAGACGUGGACUACCAGUUCACUCAGAUAGUGGUGGACAAAGUAGAAGCAGAAGAUGGCCAGUAUGACGUCAUGUUUAUAGGCACAGACAUGGGGACAAUACUGAAAGUGGUAUCCAUCCCCAGAGGCUCCUGGCAUGACCUGGAAGAAGUCCUAUUGGAAGAAAUGACUGUCUUCAGAGAGCCAACAGCCAUUACAGCGAUGGAACUUUCAACAAAACAGCAACAACUGUACCUGGGCUCAGAUAUUGGUGUGUCCCAGAUGCCUUUGCAUCGCUGUGAGGUUUAUGGGAAGGCUUGCGCUGAAUGCUGCCUGGCAAGGGACCCUUACUGUGCAUGGGAUGGCACCGAGUGCUCCAGAUACUUUCCCAUGGCUAAGAGGAGAACAAGGAGGCAAGAUAUCAGGAAUGGAGACCCACUCACACAAUGCUCAGAUCUGCAACACCACGAUGAACUAAAUGGGCAGACAACUCUUUUGGAUAAAACUGUGUAUGGAGUGGAGAACAGCAGCACUUUCCUUGAAUGCAGUCCCAAGUCCCAGAGAGCCCUGACAUAUUGGCAGUAUCAGCACUCUGCUGAUGACCGCAAACAAGAGAUCAAAUCAGAAGAGCGUUUCAUCCGCACAGAGCAGGGCCUACUGAUUCGCACACUUAACAAGAAGGAUUCUGGGAUCUAUCUGUGCCAGGCGGUAGAGCACGGCUUCAUGCAGACACUCCUGAAGGUGACCUUAGAGGUCAUCGAUACGGAACGCCUGGAGGAUCUGCUACAUCGGGAGGAAGAGGCCGCAGCCAGCGUCCCUGCCCAGGAUCUUCCUCCGCCUCAAGAAACUCCCAAUCAAAAGCUGUGGUACAGAGACUUCCUGUCUUUGGUCAAUCACCCGACUCUGAACAGUGUGGAUGAGUUCUGUGAGCAGGUAUGGAAAAGGGAGAGGAAGCACAGGAGGCAGAAAGCUCACCUGGUGCAGCAAGUACAAACACACCAGCAGCAACAGCAGCAGAAGGUUGUGAAUCCUCGUGCCCAUGCUCAGGGGCUGGCAGCCAAGUGGAAACACCUGCAAGAAAGGCAGAAGGGACGCAACCGCAGGACCCACGAACUGGAAAGAGCCCCCCGCAGUGUCUGACUUAUAAACCUUGAAUUUUAACACCCAAACCUGAAACCACACCCUCAUUCUGUAACCCCAAUUAACCUAGCCACUUUUCUCCCUCAUACUGAGAUACAGACAUCUUCCACAAAGACUGGGUAGAAAAGUUAAACUGGAAAAAAGGCAAUACUGUUGUCAUCUGCCGGCUGGUGUGUUCUGUGCGUGGGCAGCCAUGUUUACAGUAGGGCAGUACAGAGGACUGCGGGAAACGGGAUGUUGUAUCACGCCACACCAUUUGAGCAUAUUAUCUCAGCUGGCCUCUGUGGCCUGAACACUGCAGAGGGACAGUGAACUGGAUACAUAUACCCACCCUACAGACAUGACUCCACGUUGAGAUGUCAAUGGCAUUGUCUCAUGGCAUGCUAGUUUGGUGUCUUUAUCAGUGUGAAACUAAGUAGAUAGAUAAUAAAUACCUGAUCAUUUCUUUUUUUACUUCACAAAUAUGAAAGAAGAGGAGGUGUGAUUGUAUUAAAAAAAAAACAGUCUGGAGAGUAAGUCAUCUUGCAGUGGAAUAACAAGCACAAAAUAAGUGAAGCUCAUGGAAAGCACAAAUGGGAUAUUUGGUCACUUUUGGUAUUAUAUAAGGUUAAAUCAGUCAACACGAGAAAGAAAAAUGUCCAAGCACUGCAACUAGGAGCAACGGUCACCAUUUCCAACAAAUACUAUGUAGCUCAGAUGUGUAAAUACUGUGUUCUAUGACGUCUCCUCGUACUAAAGGGAAUGGCUUGCAGUUGUCUUGUUGCUUUAUGUUGUUUUCCCAGAUAGCAAUUUAUUUAAGAAAAAGUCUUUUGUAUACAGGGAGAUUUUGUACUAGUCUGUGUGUCUACGCCCUUGAUAAGCUUCCCAAACAAAGUCAGGUUUUAUUAUUCUGUUUUUGUUCAUCUUCUUUUUUUUUGAAUCAUCAGAUUCCUUUCAGUGUCAACAGUCGUUAAGUUGGCCGUCACUUCAUGGGGAUGUCUGCCAACUGCAUCAUCUCAGUACAUGAAAUGUCGUACUGAGUUCUUCCAUGUUCAUUUUUUGAUUUGUAUACACUCUGUUUCCACUAUAUGUGUAUUUAUUGAUAUACAAUUAUGUACAUUGUGAAAAUAUUUUUUGAUGUGCAGACUUUUUUUUCUUUCUUGGUUUGAUUAAUCUGAUUUACAGGACCAAACUCUUAAAAUAACGGUAUUAUUAUUAUCAUAAAUACUGCAGUAAAACUGGACGUUAUUUAUCAAUAUACAUGCAUUACAUAUCAAAUGCACUGAGCAAUAACCCACUAUCCUUACUGAAUUUUUCUUCCACAUUUAUUGCCUCAUAUUCAUCCCAUGCAGCGCAGUGUAUCAACUUCAUUUCAUUGCAUGCAACAUACAAAACUCUAGUUUUUCUGCUUAUAACAAUCCUUUUAUUAUACAACGCACACACAAAAACACAAACCUGGAAUGUAGCUGUGAACAUUAUGUAAAUAUAAAUACUAUGAUCUAUGUUUGACAAGUAUCACACUGUGUACUAGUGCAUGUGAAUACUAUUGUAGUGUUCCUGUUUUGCUAUAGCAAUGAUAUAGUCUGGUGUUGUCACCGUUAUUGUGUUGUUUGCUUACGCAGUACACAAUAUUAACUAUUUCAAAGAUGUAAAUACUAUUUCUGUUAGGACUCUUAACUGUAUAAUUGAUCAUUCCUGAGAUAGGUAUUCGUGAAAAAAUAUACAAACAGGAUCUCACUGUGGAUUUAAAACACCCACAGACCCGUUAACAAUGGAAAAACAACAUGAACAAUGUUAAUUGAGCAACACGUCAGUAUGUCAGAUGACCUUGUGAGUGUUUACAAACCUCAUCUGCUUUUGGAAGCCAUGACGGAGAAUGAUGAAAAACAGCUGGAGCCGUCCUUGAGAAAGCGAUUUUAGGCUAAAUAGACAAGUUCAACAAGUUCAGCACCAGAGUUGUGGAACGUUCAGUAGAGAUGGGCAUAUGAUAAGAUCAUCAUUAUAAAGGCAAAAUAUAGGGUGCCUCACUGCAUCUGUCUUGGACAUACGGUGAAAGUGAGGAAAUGAAGUGCUGCUGCUGUUGCUGCUGCUUUUUUGGCAAGAUAAUGAUGAUGGUGGUGAUGUAUUCUACUGAUCUAAUAAAUGUCUCUUCAUGAAGU